AUGUCCACUUACACGGAGCAGCCCCUUACCCCACCACUCCUGGACCAGCCUCAAAACGACUAUGUUCGCCCUAUUCACCCAGAGGACGAGCGAGUAGUAAAGACUCUAAUAGGUCUUGGAAUAAUGGAAGGUCUACCCAAAGCCAACAACAAGAUUAUUCUCAACCCUUUAUGCGCAUUAUCGAUCCUCACCUUGGGAUACUUCCUCAAUCGUCUUAUGUCAUUCAUGCCUGAUGAGAAUAUCAUUUCGUGGUUUACUGCUUUGAUCGGCCCAUGCCUCGCGUCCUUACCCAUCUUAGGCCUGGUAGAGUAUAUACAAAGACCGCAUUUUAUUGGUUUGCUGAGACGAACGAUGGGACAGUCAGAUCUAGUCAAAUUCGAUGGGUACUGUUCGGAAGGGAAGAGUAAGGGAUGGGUAUUUGUUCACAAUGAUCAAAUCGUAGGGACCAUCUUAGUAGAUAGCCAACACCCAGGGAAGAAACUCGUUAGCGUGUUAGGUGAUGAAGAGGGUCAAAUCAACGAGGAUAAACAAUUACUCGAAAACAAGGAAAACAAGGAAAAGUCAAACAAUCUUAAUCUCAGGAAAAGGAAAUCCACAGGUACUUCUAUUAAUACUACUUCAGAUAAAGGUAUAGUCCAAAUACGACACCUGGCGGUGGAUUCACCUUAUCGCCAAUCCUCCAUCCCUCUUGAUCUCCUUAUCGAGGCUUUAGAUCAAUCGUUCAGUGUUUCAAACCGGAACAAAGUGAUUAUCGAGCUAGGAUAUUUCUGUUCUAAGGAAAUUAUAGAUGCACUGAAGAAAGUGGGAUUCGUCAAAUCAACGUCUAAACAAGUUGAAGGAUCAGACUCGAAAUUGGAAGAACCUGAAUCAAUAGGGUUGAUGGGCUGGAAAGGAUAUUGGAUGAUCUUAAGUAAAGAGGUGUACGAAGUGAACAAAGAGGCUAUCGUUGGGAAAAAGUGA